UCAUGUACAUCGUCAUUGACAGAAAAGUGCUAGAAUAUUUGAAGUGAAUUUUUAAUAUGCAAUUCUCAAGCAAAGCUUAGUUCGAAUCAGUAGUGAUGGAGCUUUGAAUCUAUCAAGUAUCCAUUGAAUGCAACUCAACCGGUUUGCAACAUCUUACGCGUCAAAUUUUAUAGAAAAAUACCCAAUACACAAAUCGAGUAAUAUUGGCAUUAGGAUUAGCUUUAUUCCGUCAUGGCCUAUAAGUUUUUACUAAAUUUCAAACUGACCCUUCUGAUAAUACUGAUAGGCAAAGAAAAUAUUGCAUAUAAAAUACCCAGCGUGGAAAUAGAAAUAUUCAAAGAACGUGGUUUUAAAAUUUCCAUACCAGAUGAUCCCGGCAUCCAACGAAUCUUUUUUAUGAUGAUAGCUGAUGAAAGCUGCCCAGCGUUAAUGGACUACAUAACUCAAGCUACUAAUGACAGUUGGAGCAGCACACAACACAUCAGCUUGCAAAACAACGACAAGCUGCAAGUUUCAGUGUUGGUGCAGUACAAUGACCAUAUCUAUGAGAAGAGCGAGACAUUGGUGGUACUCAACACUCGCUUGCUAAAUGUCCAACAGAGCAGUACUCGCAAUAUCAUUACAAAGAACAUCAAUCGCAACAACGGGAGCGAGUGCCAGCUGUAUCUAUCUUCAGACCAAAGACUGUCCAAGCAAUGUAAGCCUACCAGCAGCAUUGUGAAUAGUGGAAGUACUAGUCAAGGUAUCUGCCAGGGUGCGCUUCUUUUUGAGGAUAACUUUAGCGAAGCACAACUGAAUACCAGCGUUUGGAUGUAUGACAUACGUCAGCGUAUGUACCAUGUAGAAGAGGAACUAGUAGCAUUCGAAGAUUCGCCGCAAAUUUCGUAUUUGCGGGAGGGACAUCUACACAUUGUGCCGACGGUGGCCAGUGAGGUGACAGAGGGAGCUUACCAGCUAGGUGAUCGCUGUACGGCAAUUGAGAGUCGUCAGCUGGAGUGCAGCAUUUCCAAAGGCAGUUUCCAUAAGAUAAAACCACCUGUCUAUUCAGCUCAGUUGCACACACGUGAGAGUUUCAACUUUAAAUAUGGAAAAAUUGUGGUGCGUGCUAAGCUUCCAAAAGGAGAUUGGUUAUUUCCAUAUAUGAUGUUACAGCCAGUCUCAACACAUGCAGAAACCCACUAUGCCAACCAGCUUCGGAUUGCCUAUGCUCGUGGCAAUGAUUAUUUGCGAAACACUCAGAACGAUGAUAUAUCGGGUCAUAGAUUAUAUGGCGGUAUCAUUGUUUGGCAUGAUGAACGUGCCGUACAAAUUCUAAAAAAUCGACUAAGUACAAAGCACUACGGUGAUGAUUUUCAUAAUUAUACAAUGAUCUGGCGGAGAGACAAGCUUACACUUUUGGUGGACAAUGACAUUUACGGAGAGAUCAAGGAUGGUUUGCAAUUUUUUAAUGAGAAGUGUUUCAUCAUAUUUGGCGUUACAGUUGGUGGGUUUCUCAAUUUCGAUGACAGCAUACUAAUGAACGAUGUAAAGCCGUACAAAAAUAAACACCCCAGGGCUGCUUUCUCGUUUUGGCAUAAUCGAAAUACUUGGGCAUCCACAUGGGGAAAAGACAGUGCGAUGAUUAUCGACUAUGUGCGCGUUUAUGCAGAUUAGACACCUCUACAAACAUAUAAUUUAAAAAUAAAUAGAACAUUACGCUUGUUUG